AGGGAGUGGGGAGAAAUAAUCGCGUGUUAUUGGUUAAAUGGCAGUCAAAAAUUGCCUCCCGAUACACUCGCAGUAAAACUGUAUGCUAAUAUUUCGGUUUUUUAGUUUGCAAAUAUGAGUAGACUGCUGAAAGUGAACUCCCUCAUAGCCAAAUCCGUAUUUUCCAAGGUUGAUGCUCUCCAACCAAUCACAAGCCGCGGUCUGCACAUCUCGGUCAAUCGAGGCGAAGCUAAAGUGAACACCAACCUUUCGAAAGUCUAUCCGACUGUCGACCACACUUACGAUGCCGUCGUUGUGGGUGCAGGUGGAGCGGGACUGCGAGCCGCUUUCGGACUUGUCGCCGAGGGAUUUAAGACUGCCGUAAUUACAAAGCUGUUCCCUACACGUUCGCACACCGUAGCCGCUCAGGGGGGAAUUAAUGCAGCAUUAGGAAAUAUGGAAGAAGACGAUUGGAAAUGGCACAUGUACGACACCGUGAAAGGUUCCGAUUGGCUCGGCGACCAAGACGCCAUCCAUUACAUGACAGAAGAGGCGCCAAAGGCGGUAAUCGAAUUAGAAAAUUACGGAAUGCCAUUUUCGCGCACGCCCGAAGGCAAAAUAUACCAAAGAGCCUUCGGAGGACAAUCCUUAAAGUUCGGAAAAGGCGGCCAGGCGCAUCGGUGCUGCUGCGUCGCGGAUCGUACCGGGCACAGUCUGCUGCACACCCUUUACGGGCACUCGUUAAAGUACGAUUGUAACUAUUUCGUGGAGUAUUUCGCGCUCGAUCUCAUUAUGGAAGAUGGGGAGUGUAGGGGAAUCACCGCGUUGUGUCUAGACGAUGGUACCAUUCAUAGGUUUCACGCCAAGCACACUGUGUUAGCGACUGGAGGGUAUGGUAGAGCGUACUUUUCCUGCACUUCGGCGCACACGUGUACCGGCGACGGUACUGCAAUGGUGUCGCGUGUCGGUUUGCCCAACCAAGACUUGGAGUUCGUCCAGUUUCAUCCGACUGGCAUUUAUGGGGCGGGUUGCUUGAUAACCGAGGGGUGCCGAGGUGAAGGAGGUUACCUGAUUAAUUCCGAGGGGGAGCGUUUUAUGGAGAGGUACGCGCCAGUUGCCAAGGAUUUGGCAUCACGAGAUGUUGUGUCGAGGGCUAUGACUAUUGAAAUUCGUGAAGGUAGAGGCGUCGGGCCGGAGAAAGACCACGUUUAUCUGCAGUUGCACCAUUUGCCCGUGGAGCAGUUGGCAGCGCGACUUCCCGGUAUUUCCGAGACGGCCAUGAUUUUCGCCGGGGUUGACGUGACUCGUGAGCCCAUACCGGUAUUACCAACAGUGCAUUAUAAUAUGGGAGGCGUACCAACUAACUAUAAGGGUCAGGUUCUCACGACUGUAAAUGGCGAAGAUAAGAUCGUCCGCGGUCUGUACGCGUGCGGCGAAAGUGGUUCUACAAGUGUGCAUGGGGCGAACCGGCUUGGUGCGAACUCUCUCUUAGAUUUAGUGGUCUUCGGACGUGCGUGUGCGAAAACGAUUGCGGCAGAACACAAACCGGGCGAAUCGAUUGGAAAACUGAGCGCGAACGCAGGCGAGGCCUCCAUUUCCAAUCUCGACUGGAUUCGCUACUCUGACGGACCGAUUUCGACCGCCGACUUACGCCUACGUAUGCAAAAAACCAUGCAGAAACACGCGGCCGUGUUUAGAACCGCCGAGUCAUUGCAGGAAGGUAUACGGUUAAUGGAGGCGCUGUAUGCCGACUUGAAGGACAUUAAGGUUUCCGAUCGAGGGCUCGUCUGGAAUUCGGAUUUGGUCGAGUCGCUCGAAUUGCAAAAUCUGAUGAUCAACGCAAUGCAGACAAUAGUGGGGGCGGAAAAUCGAAAGGAAUCGCGCGGCGCGCACGCGCGUGAGGAUUUCAAAACGAGAAGCGACGAGUAUGACUAUAGCAAACCCAUCGAAGGCCAGCAAAAGCGGCCAGAGAGCGAACAUUAUCGUAAACACACGUUAACUACUAUUGACGAUAAAGGUAAAGUUUCGAUUAGAUAUCGACCUGUCAUCGAUCACACGCUUAGUAAAGAUGUUGCAACAGUGCCUCCUGCAAUUAGAUCGUAUUAAAAAAUUUUUUAGUGUGAACAGGUGGUGGUUUGUUUUAAGAAUUUU